CUAUAAACAUAACCUAAAAAUUUCUUAUAUUUUUUUAGUUUAAACAAUUAAUUUUAAGUUUUAAUUAAUUGUAUACUUUAAAUGUAGAAAUGAACUCGAAUAUAUUGGCGAGAUUAGAAGAAUUAAAAAAAUGGCAAUCUAAACAACAGGAACGACUGCAAACUUCACGAAAAGUUUCUCAAUUCGAAGAUGACUUGAAAGAAAUUGAGUCGAUUUCGAUACAAGAGACCCCAAUUGGGACGAGGUUGCAAAAAAGUACUCAAAAAUCAAUUGAAUCGAAUCAACAUCGAAACUGUAAUGAAUCCAUGGAUUCUCCGAUUAUAAUUGAUGAACAACAUGAUAAAAGAAAACCUAAACGGGAGUUUUUAAAACGCGGUUCUGGUUUGGUUAGGUAUAAAAUGACUCAAGAAGACUCAAAAAAACCUUAUGGUAAAAAAAUUAGUAUUCAAAAAAAUAAAAAAUGUGAAAUUAAGAAUGACGAUGAUAUGGAAUUGGAGAUAAAUAUAGAUAUUCAUCAUCAAAACAUUGAGGAGGUCGUAAAAUGUGAUAAAAAUAUAGCUUCUCCUUUAAAAUUACCUUCCGAUUAUGAGAUUAAAUUAGAUGACGAAAUGAAUUCAUUAAAAAUAGCCCAAGAUAUAUUAAUAAAACAAACUAUUUUGAAUAUAAAUGAAAUCGCUGGUGUUAAAAUGAUCAAUACAAAUGAAGACGAUAUUAAUCCAUUGAGAAAUAAUCACAAUCAGUGUGAAGUUAGUGAUGAAACUCUUUUAAAUGAACGAGAAUUAUUGAUUUUUGAAGCUUUAGAAGAAAAGAUAUUGAAUUCUAGUUUUAGUUCGACAAAUUCGAGCAUCUUAAAAAUUUUGUCGAGUACUCCAAAUAAAUUAAAAAGUUUAAAAAAUGAAAGAGAUGAUAAAAUCGAUCAAUUUGAGAAAGAAAUUAUUGAGGAAUCAUCCUUUUGUUCGAGUUUAAGCUCUGAAACAUCACAAAAAAGUGAAUUGGAAACUGAAAAUGAAACAAAAAGUGUUUGUUGUGAAGAUGAAUCCAGAACUAUUUCGACUUCAGAUUCAAAGGGUGAGGAAUCAACGCUUGAAGAUGAGACGUCGUGGAAUGAAAUAACAUUAUCCGAAAAUAAAACUGAGGGAAGCAAUAGUAAUAAUGAUGAGAUUUUGAUGAAAAAAUUGAAGAUAUUGGACGAGGAAAUCGAAAAGUUUCGCCGGGAAAACGCUACUUUGCAACAGAAACGAUUUGAAAUUGAUCGAGAAUUGGGGAAAUUAGGAAAGGAUAAGAGGAUGUUUGAAAAAUAUGUUUUAGAAGAGAAAGUUAAGGUUGAGUUUUAUUUGGAAGAGGAGAAAAAAGCCUUUGCUAAAGAAAAAUUGAUGUUUGAACGUUAUGUAAAAGAUGUUCAAUCUCGGACGAAUCGAAAAGAACGAGAGGAAAUUAUUCAAUUAAAGGAUGAAUUGGCCACAGUAAAAGAAGCAGCUAAAUUAAAGGAUCGUCGAAAUGCAACGUCUCAAGCUCGAUUACGGAAUCAAUUAAAGAACUAUGAAAAAGAUAUUGGAAGAUUAAAAGAUGAAAUUGAUACGUUAAGAAAGCAAAAUGCGAAAAUUAUUAACGAACAAAGAAUGGGCACUACCUUGAGGAAAAAAACUGAAAGUAAAGUUUUACAAGAAAUCAAUAAAAAUUUAUCGAAAUUGGCAAAAGAAAAUAAAGUAGUUAUUCAAGAAAAAGAAGAAAAUAAUAAUCAAAAUAAUAAGGAAAUUUGUUCCGAGAGGAUUAUUGUUGAAACUCCUGAGGAUUUAGAUAGAAAAGCGAGAGAAUUAGUCGAUGAGAAUUUAUUGAAAACUUAUGAGGAAGUUUUCGGUAACCAUAACGAAUUAAAUGAAUCAAAAAAUAACUCAAUUAAAGAUGAAUCAAAAAACGUAUCAAAAAAUGAUUCGCUAAAAUCAACAAAAACUGAAAGAAUUCUUGACGAUGGUUCAAAAGAAACAAAAUACUCCAACGGAAACAUCAAAACCAUCUCAGCCGACGGAAAUUUAGUAACAAUGAAUUAUUUUAAUGGCGAUCAAAAAGAAAUUAAUAACAUAAAUGGAACUGUAAAAUAUUUUUAUGCGGAAAAUGAGAGUAUGCAUACAACUUUUCCAGAUGGAACUGAAAUUAUCGAAUUUAAAGAUGGUCAAAUUGAAACGAAAAGAUCCGAUGGAAGUUACGAAAUAAAACAUCCCGAUGGAAUCGUGAAAGUAACCCGACCGGAUAAGUCGGAAGACUUAAGUUACCCCGACGGAAUGAGAGUGAAUAUUAGUUGCGAUGGUGAUAAAGAAAUUAUGUUUGCAAACGGACAAAAAGAAAUUCAUACCAAGGAUCACAUGAGGAGAGAAUAUUUAGAUGGAACUGUUAAGAUUAUAUACCCAGAUGGAAUUCAAGAGACGAGAUAUAGUAACGGAAGGAUUCGAAUUAAGGACAAAAAUGGAAAAUUAUUGUUGGAUUCACAUGAAGGAAAUACUUAAUGAUUUUAUUAACUGUUUUUCAAUUCAAAUAAAAAUAAUUUUAACAAUUUGA